AAAUGUCAAAAAAUAUAAAAAAACAUCAAAAACGAAGUAAUAUUCCAAUAUGGAUAGGAACCCUUGUAAAACGAAAACACAAAAUAACUCAUUGCAUCUUUGAUUUAGACGGUACAAUAAUAAAUAGUGAAGAGAUACAUCAAAAAGCAAUAAAAGAAAUAAUGUUAAAAUACAACAAAGAUUACACAAUCGAAUUACAAUUGAAUACUUUAGGAAGAACCGCCGAAGAAGUUUGUAAAAUUCUCAUAGAAGAUGGAAACGUCCCGAUUUCAUUCGAAAAGUGUUUAAAAAGUUUCGAACAUAAAACGACAACGAACCUAUCUCGGUGUAAAUUAAUGCCGGGCGUUGAAAAACUUUUAGACCAUUUACAUAAAAAUAACAUACCAAUAGCGUUAAUAAGUACGUCGACCCAAGAAGAAAUCGAUUUAAAAUUGUCACCUUUUGUCGAUUUAAGAAAAAUGUUUCAUCACGAAAUCGCGGGUGGAAGCGAUAAAUCGGUAUUGAGAAACCCCCCAUUUCCCGAUUUAUUAAACGUGUGCGUUAAAAGAUUUUGCACCGAUUGGGAGAACAAAAAAACCUUAGUUUUUGACGAUUCCCCAAUCGGCGUUCAAGCCGCGAAUGUGGCUCAAAUGAAAAUCGUUUUGAUUCAAAAAUUAGAAAUUCCUAAAAAUAUUAGUAAAGCUACGAAUUGUAUUUUAGAUAGUUUAGAGGAAUUUCAACCCGAAAAUUUUGGAUUUCCACGUUAUGGAGAAUAAUUUUUUUUGAAAUG